AUGACUACAGACAUCUGUUCUGAAGAUGUAAUUGUCCAAAUGGCUCCUCAGGUAGCGAUGACAAGCGAGGGGGCCGGGGCCGGGGGCGGGGUGGCGCGCGGGGGGUCGGGGGGCGCGCUGGAGCUGGGCCGGCGGCUGCUGCUGGCGGCGCGUGCGGGCGACACCGCGCUCGUGCUCGACCUCAUGGCCAAGGGGGCGCCCUUCACCGCGGACUGGCUGGGCACGUCGCCGCUGCACCUGGCGGCCGGCCACGACCACGCGGCCACGUGCGGCGUGCUGCUGCGGGCGGGCGUGUCCCGCGACUCGCGCACUAAGUCAACGCCGCCCGAGCCCGCCUCGGUGGAGCUUCGAGGUCGGCCUGAUACCCGACUUCGAAGUCAUAUCGAGGAUCAUCAUAUAUUUAUUCUUAAAGUAUUUAAAUUCGAGGGGCUGGAUGACAUAGGAAUCCAGAUCACUACCGUCGAUUAUAUAACUAAAAAAUCCUUCGAUGCACUUCAACAAAACUAUGCUGCCCCCGACUGA